AUGGCCUCGUCAUCGAGAGCUAUCGCGGCCCUUGCCCGACCCGGCCUGCGGCUCAACACCCCCAUGGCCAUCAGAAGCUUCUCCGCGGCUGCCCGCGCCUCGUCAAUCGCCGCUCGAUGCGCCGCCCGUCCUUCCCCGUCCAUGAGACUCGCCGUCACCGGCCGCAUCGCCUUCCGCAGACCCUACUCAGACGAGGCUCCCAAGCCCAGGCCCGGCAAGCUGCGCACAACCUUUCGCUGGAUCUGGCGCCUCACCUACCUCUCCGUCCUCGGCACCCUGGGAUACACUGCCUAUGUCAUCUACGAUGAUCGCAAUCCCGGCGAGCAGUUUGUCCCUGACCCCUCCAAGAAGACCCUCGUCAUCCUAGGCACCGGCUGGGGCUCCGUCGCCCUUCUCAAGAACCUCGAUACCGAAAACUACAAUGUCGUCGUCGUCUCUCCCCGCAAUUACUUCCUCUUCACCCCUCUGCUGCCCUCGUGUACCACCGGCCUGAUUGAGCACCGCUCCAUCAUGGAGCCCGUCCGCGCCAUCCUGCGCCACAAGAAGGGCGCUGCCAACUACUACGAAGCCGAGGCCACCAACGUCGACACCGAGCGCAAGGUCAUCACCGUCGUCGACAACUCCGAGGUCCGCGGCGCCACCAGCACCACCGAGAUCCCCUACGACAUGCUUGUCGUCGGCGUCGGCGCCGAGAACGCCACCUUUGGCAUCCCCGGCGUCCGCGAGCACAGCUGCUUCCUCAAGGAGAUUGGCGAUGCUCAGCGCAUCCGCAAGAAGAUCAUGGACUGCGUCGAGACCGCCGCCCUGCGCGGUCAGUCCGAGGAGGAGAUGAACCGCCUCAUGCACAUGGUCGUCGUCGGCGGUGGCCCCACCGGCGUCGAGUUCGCCGGCGAGCUGCAGGACUUCUUCGAGGAGGACAUCAAGAAGCUCGUCCCCGGCAUCAGCCCUCGCUUCAAGGUCACCCUCAUCGAGGCCCUCCCCAACGUCCUGCCCUCCUUCUCCAAGCAGCUCAUCGACUACACCGAAAACACCCUGCGUGAGGAGAAGAUUGACAUCAUGACCAAGACCAUGGUCAAGAAGGUCACCGACAACACCGUCGAGGCCGAGAUCAGCCGGCCCGACGGCACCAAGGAGCGCGUCGAGAUUCCAUACGGCCUCCUCGUCUGGGCCACCGGCAACGCCGUCCGCCCCAUCGUCAAGGACAUGAUGGCGCGCAUCCCCGCGCAGAAGGACUCGCGCCGCGGCCUCGCCGUCAACGAGUACCUCGUCGUGCAGGGCGCGCGCGACGUCUGGGCCAUCGGCGACUGCGCCGUCGCCGGCUACGCCCCGACCGCCCAGGUCGCCUCCCAGGAGGGCAGCUUCCUCGCCCGCCUCUUCAACAACAUGGCCAAGACGGAAAGCCUCGAGGGCCGCAUCCACGACCUCAGCAGCAAGAUGAACCUCAAGGCGGGCAACGCCGCCGAGGACGCCCAGGAGAUUGAGCUCCUCGAGAAGCAGCUCCGCCGCAUCAAGGACGUCAAGCCCUUCCGCUACUCUCACCAGGGCAGUCUCGCCUACAUUGGCAGCGAAAAGGCCGUCGCCGACGUCAGCUGGUGGAACGGCAACCUAGCCACCGGCGGCAGCAUGACCUACCUCUUCUGGAGAAGCGCCUAUCUUUCCAUGUGCUUUAGCACUCGCAACCGUGUCCUCGUCAUCCUCGACUGGCUCAAGUCCAAGGCCUUUGGUCGCGACAUCUCUCGUGAAUAG